AUGACUGAAACUGAAACAACAAAUACUUUCUGUGGGACACCAGAAUAUCUAGCACCUGAAUUGUUAUUAGGACAAGGUUAUACAAAAACUGUGGAUUGGUGGACAUUAGGCGUCUUAUUAUUUGAAAUGUUGACGGGGUUGCCACCUUUCUAUGAUGAAAAUACGAAUGAAAUGUAUAGAAAAAUUUUACAGGAUGAACUAAGAUUUUCCGAGGAAGUUGGGAGUGAAGCUAGAAGUUUAUUAACGGGGUUACUGACCCGAGAUCCCAAUGUUCGUCUUGGUAAUAAUGGUGCCCAAGAAAUUAAAGAUCAUCCUCUCUUUAUGUCUAUUGAUUGGAAGAAAUUGAUGCAAAAGAAAGUUCAACCACCAUUCAAACCUAGUGUUGAAUCAGCUAUUGAUACUUCAAAUUUUGAUGAAGAAUUCACUUCUGAAACACCUCAAGAUUCAUUGGUGAAUGAUUCACAUCUUUCCGAAACUGUGCAACAACAAUUUGCUGGUUUCACAUUUAAUCCAACUCAUGAAGGCGUUAUGAGUGGGAGUAUGGCAAAUUCGGUAGGCGAUCUUUGA